AUGUCUACCACCUCAAAGAAACACAGGAACUUUGUUUCGGAGCCAAUGGGAGAAAAACCGGUGACUGAACUUGCAGGCAUAGGUGACGUACUUGGCAAGCGGCUGAUUGAUCAAAACUACGAUAAGGCAUACACUGUCCUGGGUCAGUUCUUAUUGUUCAAGAAAGACGAGGGUCUGUUUACAGACUGGCUGAACGACAAAUGUGGGGCUAACUCCAAGCAACAGGGGGACUGCUACCAGUGCUUGAAGGAGUGGUGUGACUCCUUCUUGUGA